AUGUUGUUGUGGUACGAUUUAGUGUGGAUGGUGUUGUUGCCUCUCUCUUUCUUGUUGUUUGCUUUCUACUAUUUAAAGAGAGAACAAUUAGUGGAGAAAUCGAAUAGAAAUUUUGAGUAUGAGGGAGAAGAUAGACUCUUUCUUAUUAAACCACCAAGUAGAAUAGUGGAUCUCCCAAAGAAUAGGUCUAUAGAUGAAGUUUUAUCUAGUGUGAAAAUUAAAAUGUUAUCCUAUAAUAAAUUAUCAUUGGACCAGGGAAAGAAACUAGUCGAAAGGUUAUCGGAAAGAAGAUAUUUCAAUUCUCUUCAAUAUUUGUGUUUAUCAAGACCUCAAUAUACUUGCUCAUGUUCUCUUACAACUUUGACAUCUGUUUGGAAUUAUUUAUUUACUUCAAUGGGAUGUGGUGAUUUACCUCCAUUAUGUCAGGAAGAUGUUAUUUCAUUAAUGGGAUUUGAUGAACCUUUCGAUGAUAUUAGUUUUGGUAAAUUGGCUUCAAACAAACAGGAUGCUUUAUGGUUCUAUACAUUGUGUUCUUUAUUCAAAGUUAGAGGAAGAUCUUCCAUGGUGUGGAAGAAACAAGGCGAAAACAAUACGAAAGGUAGAACAAGAGAACAGGUAAUGUCUAUCAUUAAACAAGGACUGAAAUCAAAAACUUGUUCAUUUGUCUAUCACAUGCACCAUCAUGUUUGUUUAAUUGUAGGCUAUGAAGAAACACCCAUUGAUCCGACACUAUCCUAUUCUAAACUAAACCUUUCAUCAGAUGAAAAGAACACUUGGCUCAUUGUUGGUGAUAUUUCAUCCAAACUCUCACCUCUAAUCUCUGUUUCAUUGGAUGACAUAGAAAGAGACUUGUCAACUCAACCUCCUCAAUACCUCGACGUUAGACAUUUGAAUGAUGGUUUGAAAUUUGAUGAAACGUUAAGCUCAAAUCCCAACUGCAUCAUAAUGUAUGAGCAUUGUGUGUGA